AGGAGAGAGGAGAGAGAGAGAGAGAGAGAGAGAGAGAGAAAGAGAGAGAAACGUACGCACACAGACGCACGGCGAAGAACGAAGCGGAGAUGGAGGAGACGAGCGGACGGGCGACGAUUGCUAGGGAACGCACGGACACAGAAACUACAGACGAGGAUGCGGAGAUCGUUAUAGCGGACUUUGCUAGAAGCAUGACUGCGUCAACGCCUAUUGCCUCCCCUGCUCCCAGCAAGGCGAGUGUGGUGCGACGGCCGCUCGUCCGCCGUCAGCUGUCGUCGAUCGAGUGGUUGUCUAGAACCGGUGUCCAGGCUGCGACGUCCCUACACGUCAGCCACGCGCAGGUCCAGCGAUACUGUGCGUGCGGCGCACAGGGUUGUGUGCCGAUCUGCUUUCUUCAAAAACCCUGUCUGCUGGACGUGCUGCCACCGCCUCUGCAUCUCUGCAUCAUCAUUCUGUAG